AUGCCGCCUAAGAGAAAAGCUACAUCGAAUGUUCGAGGAGGGACUAAAGCUGGACGGGACUCUGUUGUGUCUACUCCAGGCCCCAAUACACCAAGAAGUCUGGGCAGCAGUGAUGAGUACUCCUCUGCUAGUGAGGGCGAGAAGGAAUUAGUUGAGGAAAAUGUGGCCAAAUUCUCCAUGGAGGCAUACGCCGCGAGGAGGGAUACUGGUCAGCAACGAAAACAAGACUCAGCCUCCCAUCUGUUUGGGAACAACGACUUCACAUGGAUGAAUCUGAAGCCAGAUCAUGCCAAUCGGCCGAUGUGGAUAGAUCCCAAAAAAGGCCGAAUUAUUGUCGAAAGUUUCGCGAAAUAUAAAGAGCAGGCGCUGGAUUUCCUGACGACAGUUGCUGAACCUUUGUCCCGACCCAAGCACAUCUUUGAAUUUGCUCUCACUCCGCAUAGUCUGUAUGCGGCUGUAUCAGUCGGCUUGACGCCGGAGGAAAUCAUAGGUAACCUCGACAUGAUGUCUAAGACUCCGAUGCCCGAAAACAUUCGAGAGUUCAUUUUGAGCUGCACCCACAGUUAUGGCAAGGUCAAACUUGUGUUGAAAAAUACCAAGCACUACAUAGAGAGCCCUGACCCUCAACAAUUGCAAAAACUACUUCAGGAUGAAGUUAUCGGUCCUCUAAGAGUGCAAGGAACCGAGGAAAUCAUCACGACAAUAGCACCUAAAUUGGCAGGCCUCGUUAUUCCAGGUACCAAGAAUUUUGCCGGGGUCCAGCAAGCCACAGAUUUGAGGGGUAAAGAAAGAGUAGCAGAAGCCGCAAAUGAAACGCCAGCGCAAGAGGAUAUUGUUAAUAUUCUUAAUGAGGACGACGAGGAAGAAGAAAGUGUAGAAGCUGUGCACUCUUUCGAAAUCCAAGAUGACUGUGUCGAGAUCGUACAAAAGCGGUGUUUGGAACUCGGGUUACCCGUUCUCGAAGAAUACGAUUUCCAUAAUGACAAAGCAAAUCCGAGUUUAGAAAUCGAUUUAAAACCUAGCGCGCAGAUCCGAACAUACCAAGAAAAGAGUUUAAGUAAGAUGUUUGGUAACGGCAGAGCCAAGAGUGGUCUUAUAGUACUGCCAUGUGGUGCCGGUAAAACUUUGGUGGGUAUCACUGCCGCUUGCACAAUCAAGAAGGGUGUUAUCAUCCUCUGCACGAGCUCAAUGUCAGUCCACCAAUGGCGCUCUGAGUUCCUGAAGUGGUCGAAUAUCAAUCCGAACGACAUUGCGGUGUUCACCUCGGACAACAAGGGCAAAUUUUCUGGUAGUACUGGAAUUAUCGUCACAUCGUAUUCUAUGGUAGCGCAGACUGGUAAACGAUCGUACGAAGCCAACAAAAUGAUGGAGUUCAUUACUAAAAGAGAAUGGGGGCUAAUGAUUUUGGAUGAGGUCCAUGUCGCGCCUGCGAAUGUGUUCAGAAAGGUUACCUCCACUAUCAAGACACAUUCGAAACUCGGUCUCACGGCAACCUUGCUUCGCGAGGACGAUAAGAUUAGCGACUUGAACUUUCUCAUCGGUCCUAAGCUUUAUGAAGCAAACUGGAUGGAACUGGCUGAAGAUGGUCACAUCGCAAGAGUACAGUGUGCAGAAGUGUGGUGUCCCAUGACAACAGAAUUCUACUCGGAAUAUCUCAAGCUGCCGAGCAAAAAGAAGCCGUUGAUGUGGACCAUGAAUCCGCGAAAGUUUCAGGCUGCUCAAUUUUUGAUUGACUAUCACGAAAAGCGUGGCGAUAAGAUUAUCGUUUUCGCAGACAACAUAUUUGCACUCAAAGCCUAUGCUACAAAACUCAACAAGGCUUUUAUUUAUGGUGAUACCGGCAAUGCAGAACGAAUGCGGAUUUUGGAGAACUUUCAACACAAUGACAAGAUCAACACUCUUUUCCUAUCUAAGAUUGGAGAUACGUCGCUUGAUCUUCCUGAAGCCACGUGCCUCAUUCAAAUUUCGUCUCACUAUGGCUCUCGAAGACAGGAAGCCCAACGUUUAGGGCGUAUUCUCCGGGCCAAACGUCGUAAUGACGAAGGCUUCAACGCGUUCUUCUAUUCUCUAGUCUCAAAAGACACACAAGAGAUGUUCUACUCAUCCAAACGCCAAGCGUUCCUUGUUGAUCAGGGAUACGCUUUCAAGGUAAUCACACAUCUCCAAGGGAUUGAUGAUCUCCCAGAUCUGGCUUUCAAUACUCCUGCUGAGCGUCGCGAACUCCUUCAAACGAUCCUUCUGGCAAACGAUGCUGAUCUGGAACUCGACGACCGGGGUGACGAUCUAUUCCAUACCAAUGAUGGAAAGAGUCAAGCUAUGAAAAAGAAGAAGAAGGCCAAUGCGAGGCGCACGGCGGGCGCUCUUAGUGAUCUUGCAGGAGGUCAGGACAUGGCUUAUGUUGAACAGAAUAAAUCUAAAAGUAAGGAAUUGAAGAGCGGCAAGGGUAGUGCGUUCUUCAAUAAAAUUAAACGCGAAAAUGAGAAGCGAAGGAAGGCAUUUGCUGAAUGA